AUGAACUACUCACAACUCCAAGUUCUCAUCAUUGUCCUCGCGACUGUAGUUCCUUUGACCGCCAUCACCGCAGUCGGAUGCCUGUUCUACCGUCGCAGCCGCCAACGGCGUUUCUCCUUCAAGAGAGGCGUCACACCUAUCAACGAUGAGGAGAUCGAGUCGUGGAAGAAGGACAGGACCCGCGAGAAGAUGCAGAUCAUCGAGGCCGCAAACAGACAGCACGCUGAUGACCUUGAGGCACAACUUGAACAUCACCAAAGACAGAAGAGCACAUCUUUCAGCUCUAUCCGCAAACCCCCGAGUGUCAUCGUCUACGAUCGCCCUCAUCCUCGAGUCUCUGAAGAGCUUUCACCUCGCUCAAUUCACCACAAGCGCAGCAUCGAUGUCCCAUCAAGUCCAGUCAUUGCCCGCGCUCCCAACUCACGCCCAGGUCUCACCGAUGAGGCUGUUCAGGGCGAAGAUGCCUUCAUCUCACCCUUGAAGCGUCAACCAUCAAGAUUAGCCAAGCUACCCCCUUCUGCUCGCCAUAGCCGAACCCGCAGCAGUCGCAGCAGUACUAUGAGUGCAGUGUCACCCCGGGAUCCUUGGCAUGGUCACUAUCCCGAUGCCUUCUUCGGCACUCGCAGUUCCAGUGAAUAUCUGCCCCGGGAGAAUCGAUCUCUAGAUAUUCGACAUCAGCGAAUGCAUCCAAUGGCAACCAUGAACCGGCUAUCAAUUGAUGAUGAGGUCUUCAUGGGAGGCCUUUCACCGCGGCCCUUCCUCCGACAAUCAGAGAUUGGCAGGGCUAUCGGUUGA